GGUUUUCUAGGGCUUCUUCAGCUUGAGCUCAGGUUCCCACUCUUCGACUCACUCUGCGUAGACUCGCCUAGCUGCAAUUGAAGAUCGAUCGGCGAAUCUCGACGAAGGACUUUGUCAGGUAGGGAUUGAAGGCGAGGAAGAUGAGUGGAGGGGGAGAGAAGGGUUCAGCCACCACGAAAACUCCUGCGGAUUUCCUGAAGUCGAUUCGUGGAAGGCCUGUCGUCGUCAAGCUUAACUCGGGUGUUGAUUAUCGAGGUAUUCUGGCCUGUCUAGAUGGUUAUAUGAACAUAGCAAUGGAACAGACCGAGGAAUAUGUGAACGGGCAGCUGAAGAAUAAGUAUGGAGAUGCUUUCAUCCGGGGGAACAACGUGCUGUACAUUAGCACUUCAAAGAGGACUCUUGCAGAUGGAGCAUAGCAUAUGGCAGAUGUUGCCAAGACUGUAAUCAUAGCUUUUACGAAUUUGGAACACAUUUUGUGAAUGCUCCGACUCUGUUAACCAAUUUGUGAGAAUGAGAUCUUUUUAUGUUCUUCAAGCAUAUGCCGUCGACUUUUACUUCAGUUUGUAGUCAGUUUGAUCCUCUUGCUGUGCACAGUUUCCUGGAUUUAGAGAAUGAUGAUGAAACUGUGACUGUC